AAACUCUAAGCACAGAAAGGCGAAGUAAAGCCAAGUAAAGUAAAAUGUAAAACAAUUUUUUAAACGUAAAAAGGAAAAAUAUAUAGAUAAAACUCUGGCGCACGUGCACGACGAACGAACACGCAAAUAAUGAAUUGUCAAUAACACACAGCAGCAUUUUCUGUUGGGGGAGGGAACCAAUUCCUACUCAUAUAACGCGAAAUUUUUUCCGAAAAAUGCCAUGUGAUAAGUGCGAAAAGAAGCUGAAAAAGCUGCCAACCCCGGACGUAAAGAAUAGCUCAAGCAGGUCUUAUGGAGGGAACAAACUGAUGGAGUAUAGAAACAACAAGCAAAAGUUUAACCCCAACAGGAGCAAGUGCAAAAAGUGCAACAGCCAACUGCACUUUGACGGAAAAUACUGCUCUACAUGCGCCUACAAAUUGGGCAAAUGUCACUUGUGCGGAAAAACCAUAUCGGACAACUCGGCCCACAACAUGUCCAUCAUCUAGGUCGAUCUGGCACAUAAGAAAGCUACGCCGGAAAAAGCUUUAACACAAAAAUAUAGAAAUAAAAACAAUCCUAAGGGAAAGGAAAAAUUAAGAUCAAUUCCCCCCCAUCAUGGGUUCCAAACUACACAAUAUAUGUGCAGCAAAAAAAAAUUCCCCUUCCCCAUAAAAUGAUCACGCCUGAAAUGUACAUGUAUAUUUAUAUGUAGGAAAAUUAUUUUGACGAAGACAAUACAUUCAAUUUACCCCUUCUUCUUGCAUUUCCUCCCCCUUUUUUUUUUAUGUAAGAUCCUU